AUGUUUCCUGGAGUGGAAUCCACUGUCUAUAAUCAAACAGCAAGCUCCUCAAGUGAAAGCGAUUCUGAAAAUGUGGAGAAUGUUAUUGAGAAACUUCCCUUCAACUUAGCAAUGUUUGAUUUCAAGCAAUGUGAUCCGAAGCGAUGUACAGCAAAAAAGCUCUUCCGCUACGGGUUUAUUAAAAUUUUAAAGCUGGGAAGCAAAUUUCCUGGUUUGCUGCUUUCGCCGAAUGGUGAACGAACAAUUUCUGCUGCCGAUCUCGCUUAUAUAAAAAACGGCGGCCUUGCUGUUGUAGAUUGCAGUUGGAAUGAGGUCGCGAAUAUUCAUUUAAGUAGAGCAAGAGCUUCGCAUCGUCGUCUUUUGCCAUAUUUAAUUGCUGCAAAUCCCGUGAAUUUUGGGAAGCCGUGCCAGCUGAGUUGUGUUGAAGCACUUGCAGCGGCUCUGUACAUGAUUGGUCUGAAGGACAAUGCACAGUUGCUUCUUUCGAAAUUCAAGUGGGGUCCGAAUUUUUUGGAAGUAAAUAGAGAUUUACUGGAUGCAUAUGCAGCGUGCAAAAAUGGUGCAGAAGUUAUAGUCCGACAAAAUGCUUAUAUGCAACAACUUCAAAAAGAAGCAAAUGAAAUGAAGCAGCGACCAAUUGACAUGCCAGAAUCGGAUCCCGAAACUGAUAAUGACAAUAGUGGUAAAGCUAAUGACGAUACUAGUCAAAUUGAUAAUGACUACAUUGGUGAAAAUGGUGACAGCAACUUUAAUUAA